UGUUCUUGAAGAAGAUCCUCAUUCCCUUGUUCCACAAGGAAUGCACAUAAUUGGGGAUUCUGCCUACCCUUUGUUGCCUCAACUUAUGAGGCCUUAUAGAGACAAUGGCCACUUGUCUGCUAGGCAAAGAUACUUUAACAGAAAGCUCAAUGCAGCUCGCGUGGUCAUUGAGCAUGCAUUUGGCAUUCUAAAAUCUAAGUUUAGGAGGCUCCAUUGCCUGCAAAUGAGAAGCAUUUCCAAUAUCAGUUCAGCAGUCUCAGCCUGCUGCAUUUUGCAUAAUCUUUGUUUAGAGCCCAGUGAUCAAGUUGUUGUGGUAGAUGAUGGUGUUGAUGAUGAACCACACCCCAGCAACCCCACAACACUAAUGCAUGUCAUUAUAGAGACCAGAUUUGUGGCCAGAUCUAACUUGUAUGUGUAUACUAAACAUACAAAAGUAAAGAUUUGAAUGUACAGAAAUAUUCAACAAAUGAUAAAAAAACAGAUUUUGUGUUGAAAUAAAGAAUUUUAUUUUAUUGAACAAAAUUAGUUUGUCAUUAGAAAUUGUGUUCUUUGGGAACAUAAAAAAAAAUACAUAGUAGACAUUUUGGGGAAAGGUGUAAAUCAAAAGAGAAAACAUCUUUACAUUAUCAUUUUAUUGAGGUUCAUGUGGAUUCUGUAAUAGAUGCAUAAUUUGCUCUUGUCUUUUUCCCAUUUUCUUCAGCUCCUCCACAAUUGUUCCCAAGCUGGUCACCAUCUUUUUUUCGAAGGUCCUUCUCCGCCUCUCCUUACAGGCCAUGGUGCAGGUUUUUUUUUUUUUUUUUUUGUGGCAAUUUUCUAGUUGGUAAUAAACAUUUAAACAGUUAUCCAUUGUAUUUGAUGUUGUAGGGUACUACAAAAAAGAAAUAUAAUACGGAAAAGUAGGUGAUAUGUUAGCUUUUAGCUACAGCUUAGCGAUUAUUCUUAUUUCUCCCACAAUGCAUUCCAUGACGUCACAUGAGGUACUCGCUGACUGUUGGACGACAGAAGAAAGCCCGCGGCCCGCCUUACAAUUGAGGGAGAGUGAGACGAGGAGUAGCUAACUAGUGAAAGAGUGACAGUGACAGAUUUAGAAGUAAGUAGAUAGAUAGAAUAGCAUAGAUAGUGAGAGAUAGCAUAGCAUAACAGAUAGCUUAGAGAUAGAUAAAGAGUAGAUCAUAAAUAACGUUAGUCAAAAUGGUUUAUUACUGUGUUUGUGGCGGGUGCAAGAACUCCAGCAAAACUGGACAUAGGGUCCAUUCCUUCCCCAAGGACAAAGGGAUCUUCCGAAGCUGGCGGGCAGAUUUUUCAGCUAGCUCUGUCACCGCCUACUCGAGAAUAUGCAGCGCGCAUUUCAAAGAGGAGGAUUACCACUCAGGGGAUGCUAAAAUGGUCUCACUUGGAUUAAAGAGUGAGAGGAGUGCUAAAUUACUUCCUACCGCCGUGCUGUCUGUGAACGCAAACCUCUCUGCUUGCCCCGUCCCGAGGUCGAGAGACAACGUCUGCCGCAAGCGAGAAAUUGCCACGAUGUUGACAGACGCCUCACAGCAGGAGACUGUGGACAGUGUAGACACUGUGGAGAGUGUCGAUACUGGGGAUCAGCCCUUGCCCUCCUCCACUUCUGAUGCUGGGACACAGUGUUCUUUGAAGCCCCCCCGAUGGUCUCAUGCUGUGCAGGUUAACCUGAAGCCCAAGAUGGUCAGCGUGGGCACACAGACAUCAUUCGGCACACAAACCUCCACUCCCCUUGCUAGUCCAGAACAGACAGAUGAAGAUGAUGAUAAUCCCUCUGUCAUCAGUGAUUUAUCGUGGGUGCCCGAAGAGCCGAUGCAUGAGGAGGACUUGUUUGAUGAGGAGCCACCUUACACGUGUGACCCCCAUCACAAGCUCAUUGGCAGCAGUAAAGUUGGAGAACAUAAUUACGAGGACUGCCUUACUGAAAGAUGUUCGACAGCUGUCUCCACAGCAUCAGACAUUCUCCCUUGAGGCUUACCACUCCCUCAUCUUGCACUUCGCACCCAAGCACACAGGGUUUUCAUACGUUGGGAUGUAUAGCAGGCUUCUCUUAGCGGCGCUGCAUUACAAUCACAAUGCCAACCGCGAGACAGCACGGAAAAGUGAUGGGACGGAGAAGUACUGCGUGCGGUAUCCGCGCUUCAGAAAAGGUGCCCAUGUGGUGCGUCCCAUCAAAGAGGCAGCCUCAUACGGUUAUGCAACAUCAUUGAUGAAGGCCCUUCAGGAAAGCUACACCCAUUCACCUGCAGCUCUUCGAGAGGUUAGCGCUAAUUUGUCCUCCGAUGCACCCGCCCCCAUCGCUAAAUCCUUCGAACAGGUUCCUAAGGAGGAGGCCGUCAGCCUCUUCCUAGCCCGGCAGUCACGCUACAAGAGAACCUAAAUUCACAUUAUUAUUAUUAUUUUUUUCCACAGACAAGUCCAAUGAUUUAGUUGUAAGUAUUUAUUUUAGUUGUUAUUUAUCUUCUUUCCUUCUGUCCCUGUCAUCUCAUUUGGUGGUGGUUUCCUGUAUUCUGCAUGUUUUGUGUGUUGUUGCUUUGGUUUUACUUUGCACUAAAUCAUUACUUUUUUCGUCUUUGUAAGUGGCAUUAAUUGUCGCUGUACCCCAUUCAAGGGGUCCUGCAUGCUGCAUGUCUGCUCCUCUGUCUGUUAUUUGCAUGAAAUUUGUUUUAUGUAAUUCAAAAUAAUUUACCAAUCAUUUUACCUGUGCCUUGUCAACCUCUGUGUGCGGUGUUGUCUGGGUUCACUGUGUGUCAGCUUGAUAUGCUUUUGCAUGUAUCACUGCAUAUGCAUUCAUGAAAGAGUGUGAGUGAGUGUGAGUGAGUGUGAGUGAGUGUGAGUGAGUGUGAGUGAGUAAGUGAGUGUGAGUGAAUGCGAGAACCAUCAGUUGACCCUCAGGUAAGACCACACUUUUGCAGGCAAAAGAAACAAUGUGCAAAGGUUUCAGGUCUAGCCCUUCAUCAGUGGGCUUUUUUUAUAUAGAUUUGUUUACUUGCAACCUGUGUCUUUGUUCAGUAAUCCUUGUCCUUGUUCAGUAAAUGUUUAGUAACCCUUACAAGCAAUGCCAAUAAACUGUUUUUUCUUAUUAAAAUUCAUGUGUUCUGUGUACUUUAUAACAUUUUAAGGGCAAUUGGGCGAUCACAACAGAAUAAACAAUUAUGUUUAUUCAUUCUCAUCCAAACAAGGCCAUUGAAAGCCCUGAUAGGUUUGGUCACCACUUUGGAAGUUUUGUCUGAUGGUUGAAACCACACAAGAGGGUAGAGGCUUCCUUAUACUCCUCCCUAAAACUCCAUAAGCCCAGCGUAUAGCCUGCCUGUACGCAGUGUACCGGUAUUGCCUAGGAAUAAGUAGGAAAGAUUCUUAAGUUUUAAACUCUGUAAGUAGGUUGGAAACGUCAUUUGAAGCCUGUCUCUUAUGCAUGUUUGUGCAUGCAACACAUCUCCUGUCACCUAUUGCUGUUGUUCAAAGGACUCAGUGUAAAAACACUGGUAAAGUAAACAUAAACCAUGAACAUACUCGUGCGUGCUGGCUUGAAGGGGACCACGAUCCUGUCUGAAGUGUGAAUAUGCUAUUUGUAGCACAAACGGAUUCAGGCAGCAUGCCUCAAAUCCAGGAUCUGCUGGCCACGGGGUGAGAUCCUCGACCAGCGACCAAAACGCGCUCACCUCCCUACAACACAAGCUCUCCACCACAGUUUCCAUGGGACGACACCGCCCACACAGACACCUGCCAAACACAGCGACACAGACGCUUACUACUCACUCACUCCCUCCCUCUCCUGGUAAGCCUGACGGUGUCAAUGACAAUCAAUCACGAGGAAAACUAGUUGGCACUAUCAACAAUAAUCACACUGACGACGCCUACUCGGCGUCGGCUACGGCGAAACAACAUUUUCACCGGAGAAAGAGGUAAAAGCUUAGAAAUAAAGCAUGAAAGUUAUUGUAUGCACUGCUGUUCAUAGACUACUAGCUCCAGCGGUCAUUGCUGCAUUUCUAAAUGAUAGCAACUCACCAGGACACUACACCAACUCUCCAUUCAUUUUCCUCUGACCACGCAUUUAUUUGUCUUUGACGGCCAUCUGCUCUCGGUAUUUCCUCAUUCGCCCUCUCACGUCUAAAUGGUUCAAAAUUGUAUGGCUGUGGGCCAUCAUAAAUGUUAACUGUGGGUCUUGCCACCUCUUCCUCAUCCCAGUUAGACGCCAUAGUAGUCAGUGCUAGUCUGCUAGAAUUAGUUCAAGUAGCUGAGAACGGCUGAGGCUACAUUCCACCGCGUCUACCUCAUGUGACGUCAUCGCCGAAUCGCGUAAAAAAUAACCGUUUCUAACCAAAAACUGGACUUUAACACCAUUUUGGAGACAUUUCUAACUUUAUAUACAUAUCUUGACUGCUUUAUCUACCCAUUAAUCGACAGUGGUGUUUAACCUGCACCAUGGGCUUUAAGUCGCCACUAUCUCUCCAGAUCUGGCCUUACCAGGGACUCAAGCACAGCAGUCCUUCUCUCUGCAUGCUCUUCGUAAGCCUCCAGAAAUUGUAAGGGUUGUGGUCGUCUUUGCCUGCUUGUGACGUUUGUAUUUGGUAUGGUAGAGGUUCCUGGCUGUUCAUCCAUACUAGCACCUGCUGGCUGGUCUUGAAGAGAAGACGUUGUGGGCAUGCUUUAGGUGGAGGUCUCUUCCAAACCUAGAGGUGUGGAGUGAAUGGUGCCAAGUGGUGCAGUACCGAUCCCCGAUGACCCAAAUAACUCAUUCAUUAGCUGGUGGGGGUGGAUUUCAAAUGUAAAAUGAAAAUGGCCAAUUAUUUGAUAUAAUACCUUGAGAUUCAUGCCUGUCUGACUGGAAGGAGGGGGAUGAAGGUUGAAUGGAUGCUGAAGGGUUUCCACACACUGCACCAGGUUGCAGAGUGGCAGGCGGUGGGUCCUUGACAGUGGAGGUAAGUAGUAC